GCCAGGAAGUGGCUGCCUUGUUAAAAAUUUAUUUUGCACGCUCAUAGAUUUUCACUGAAGCAAAACUGGAGUGUUACAGGCUGGAAACAACCUUCUACCUUGGAGUUGAGGCAGGGGCCCUGUUUCGGUAUGAGAACUGCCUCUAUUUUCUGUUGCUUUGUCAUGCUUUCUCUAACACAGGGUGCUCUGAAAAAUAAAAUUCAAAACAGAGAUGACAAAAAGGGUAUUCAAACAGUGUGUGGACAGGUGGUGAAGCAGAACCGUAUUGUGGGGGGAGCAGAUGCCUCUCUGAAUGCUUGGCCAUGGCAAGCCAGCCUCCAGUACCAAGGAAAGCAUGUCUGUGGAGCAACCCUCAUCAACUCUGAAUUGAUACUGACAGCAGCCCAUUGCUUCCCUAAGAAUGCAGUACUCUCUAAUUACCAGGCCAACUUGGGAAACUACCAGCUCUUGAAUCCAGACCCAAAUGCUGUGUGGCGGAGACUGUCUCAAGUGGCUGUGCAUGAGAACUACACCGGAGAUGGAUCCAGUGGAGACAUAGCUCUAGCUCAGCUUGAGCAACCUGUCCAUUUCACCCAAGGGAUCCUUCCAGCCUGUCUCCCAGAUGCCAAAACCCAGUUUCCAAAGGGCUCCCUUUGCUGGGUGACAGGGUGGGGAUCACCUACAUAUGGAGCCAAUCUGGGAGGUCUUAAAACAUUGCAGCAGGUCCAGUUGCCAUUGAUUGACACCAUGACCUGUGAUGACCUCUUUCACAUUGGUACAAAUAUCAGUCCCACCACCAGAGAGAUCCAGGAUGACAUGUUCUGUGCUGGCUAUGCAGAGGGAAAAAAGGAUGCUUGUUUGGGUGACUCCGGAGGUCCAUUAGUCUGCCAAGCGGAUGGUGCCUGGUUUGUUGCAGGCAUUGUGAGCUGGGGUGAUCUGUGUGGUCUCUCCAAUCGGCCAGGAGUUUACACCCGUGUUAGUUUUUACCAAGACUGGAUUCAGAGUCACUUCUCUGGGGUGCAAUUUGGUCUUAUGAAUGUCACCUAUUACCGAGUUGCUUCACCACAAGCUGCCUCAAGCCAAGUCCUCAAACAUUUCAAUUUUGUCCUCCAGUUUCUGAUCUCCUGCUUUAUCAUCAUUUUCUGAAAUAGAUCGGGAAUAAGACAUUCUAGUGCUUUUAUUUACCAAGUUGAA